ACUGAAUGCUUCAAUCAGCGAUUGAAGCAUCAGCGAUUUUCAGUUUCUUGUCUUGGGAUAUCAUUUUUCGAAUAACUACUGACUCGUAUUAACAAUUAUCCGCUUGGAGAUUAACCUUGAGGUGAACCAGCAAUUAACUUGACGUUGUUCGAGACGUUUUCAAAACAUUUACCUCGUUGCAGAUACUACAUAAUACGUCAGGAUGUGGGUACACAGUCGGGUACAUUUAGAAUUUCACUGGGGACCGCUUCAAGAUUGAGAAGACAAAGACGACUGAAAAGUACCUUUUAUAGGAAUGAGGUUUUGAUUAUCUUUAGGAAUCUUUGUUUUGUACAGAUGAGACCAAGGCUGAGACGGUCGUUUUGUGUGUCGAUUUGUCUAGCUUUCGUAAGUGCGGAUUUGGUUGAGAGUUGAAAAAUUGGUGCCAACUGAGAACAUUUAGUGCAAGAACUCGAGCUGUUUGUUUUGCGCGUUGACCUUGAGCUCGAUUUCACGUGCCAGAGCCAAGCCAGUGAGGCCCUUGUUUUGAAUUGAACUAAUCAGACGGAAGACAGGCAAAGGAUCGCGUUCGACUGCGAAGAGCAGUGAGCGGCGCCGGCGGCAGCGGUGGGCCGCCAUGAUCCGCUACAGCGCCCUGGAGCGGCUGCAGCACACCUCCGGUGUGGUGCGGCAGUACGUGCGCCGCGCCGCCGGCCAGGUCGGGAGACACUCGCCCCGGCUCCUGAGCGUGCACGAGGUGGCGGCCGUCCACCGCGAGCCAGGCAUCAUCAGCGGGUACGUACCGCACGGCUCGUCGUGGACGUGUGUACGCAGUCUGUUUCUGCCCACUAACGAGACGGUGAACUUCUGGACGCACUUCUUACCGGCCCUGUACUUUGUCUGGCGGCUGGCCUCUCUGCCGGGCAGCUCGCUGGAGCCGGCCGACCCGUUCACCUGGCCGUUCGUGUGCUACCUCUUCACCUGCUGUCUGUACCCGCUCGUCUCCAGCGGAGCGCACGCCUUCAGCCCCAUCUCGGUGAAAGCGGCACACGUUGGUUUCUUUGUUGACUAUGCGGCUGUUAGUAUGUUCGGCUAUGGUGUCGGGGUAAUGUACCGCGCCUACUGUUUUCCACGCCGCCUGCUGAACUCAGCCUACAGCGACUGGUUCAUGUGCGUCUGCUUCGCCAACACGUGUCUGAGCACAGCUCUGGCCUGUCUCUCGCGGUUCCUGCGCCGCAGCCGCUGGCGGAAGCGGUGCCGCGUGCUGGCCUACCUGGUGCCCUACCUGUGGGACCACGCGCCGCUGCUGCUGCGGGUGCUGGACUGCGGCCCGGAGGCCGAUCGCGAUGACUGCCGCCCGUCGGACGCCUACCACCUGCACCAGCUGGGGGCGUUCCUGGCCGGCUCACUGCUCUACAGUACUCACUGGCCGGAGCGGAUCGCGCCGGGCACGUUCGACGUGAUCGGCCACUCGCACAAUCUACUGCACGUGCUCAGUAUUUACGCCACCUACCAGCAGAUGAGUGGCGGCCUGCUGGAUCUGGAGGCGGUGCGCAGCCACGGCGCCGGUCUAGUGGAGGGUGCUGCUGACAGACAUCUCCAGCUAUGGGCCACAUGGGGCGCCCUGGCGGCGAUCGUCGUGAACCUGGCCAUCGUCGCCGUAUCGGUGGUCGCCAUGUUCCGGAAGGUCAAGCGAGAACACGAGGAGGAUAAGCGUCAGUGAAGCCACCUGCAGGCAAGACGCGGAACUGCUGUUUGCCGUGCUCGUCGCGAAUGUUCCCCACUGGCUUUCAAUGUUAGCUGCCAACGUACCAAUGGUUUCGCACAGCACGCAUCAUUUAUAUCGCAAUGUGGCCAGUCUGGGCGUGCCAACCGGAGUGCCUUAGCCGCGUCACUGCCAGGUGGAGGUUGCAACUCAGUGGUCAGAGGAAUGUGCGUGAAGAGGACUGGUCCCGCUACGCUUCCUACCAGCUUGCCUCAUAUAUUUGUGCACGUAGAUUUAGUGGCAUCUGAAUGUUAAACGGCCUGAGUUUUGUGUGCUAAGUUUACACAGCCAUAUAUUUGGGCAAUGUGCAGAGAUAUUACCCAGGUUCUGGUAAGGAUUCUUUAAGUAUGUAUCGAUUCGUUGGAGUACCGACUGCAAGCAAUGCUUUUCAUUGUUUCUAGCAUAAUCAAAGCAAAAGUAUUCCAGCUGUUGCUAUGUUGGCUAAUUUUGAAAGGCUCAAUAUUUCGACAAUACGUGUUACGAUCAAUUAUUUUUCACGGGUCUCAUUUGCUUUCAACCUUUUAAAAUACGUCACUUUCUUAUCGAGUCAUAUAGGUGAAUGGAAGGCGAUUAUAUCGAUGACAUUUUUUCGUUCCCUGGAAUGCCAUAUUCUGCUUUUUGGAAUUGGAUGUUUGUUUAUGUAGCGAUUUUGUUUGCGACAGGAAUGUGGCAUAUUUGGUCAAGGUGCUGUUACUUCGAAAGCAGCUUGAAAGCUGUGUUAUUUUCAUUAUCCUCGGAUAAGUAUUCUUGUGCUCUUUCCACUGGUAAGUGAAUGUGGAGACGUAGAGUCGUCAUAGAUUGUCUUAGGACGUAGGUAGUGUGUUUUAUUUUUGUGGUCGUAGAGUUCUUUGAGUUGGCGAUGCAUUGAUUGGCUAGGCAAGAGCUUUUUGCCUUGGUGGCGUAGCUGGCACGAAGCUUGUGUCUAGGCAGUAUAUCGGUGCAGUAGUCUGUAGUCGUUACAUGCGUGGCCAGCCGGGCCGAUCUGUUUUGGUGAUGUCGUUCUGCGUUUGACUGGUCGAUGGUAGCUAUUUUUAUUGAUGGCAAACUUCUAGCUCAAUGGUUUCAUACUCAGGCGAGGUAGAGCCCUGUUUUGAGCAGCAAUGCGUGAGGCUUCUGACUGGGCCGUGGUACUGGCUAAACAACUAUCGGUGUCUUGUGAUUCCGAUAUGUUGCAUCACUCCAGAUCGGUCAUGAUUGACCAGGCUCUGCGCUUGCAGCUUUUCUACGAGGCGAAGAAAGUGCAACAGUCGUCAUUCGGUACAAUAUCAUUAAAUUCAAUUAUUGUCCGAGAUCGUCAAUGAUUGUUCGAGAUCGUGUCCUGCCGUGCUGAUCCUGGUUCAUCAGCAUUAGUCGCCGGUGGUUUGUUGUAUGAAGAUUGUUUUUGUUUUAUGUCAAUCACCCAUAAUCGUGCUAGUCCCAGCAGCGUAGAAUUAGUUUGUUGCAGUGGAAAAUGUCUGGCUUGCUCAUGGAAGUCAUGUUCUGCCGGGACGGAAUGUUUUUGGAUGUUUUGUAACACACGGCCAUGGAUGAAAUAAGUAUCUAUUAUGUCAUCCGUGACACGGCCUUGCGGGAGAUGAUAAUCAUUGGUGUGAUGAUAUGAUUCCACUUCAAUAUCUUCCACUGAAUAAUAUCAACGAACAUUUAUCAGUAUCCGCUGAACUUGCGAGUAGUUUUAGUAUACAUAAACCAUUCUAAUGUCGUCCCAUUUUUGAGUGAUUGUAGUUAUGUUUGUAACGCUUAUGAAUGGUGAUUGGUGUGUUGGGGCCAUUUCUUAGUGAACAAUUGUUCUGUCCUGAGCUAUACAUAGGUAGGUACUUGUAUGCGAGCUUUGCUGUCGUGACUGACUCUGGCGCUAAGUGCUUUUGGCCAACUGGCUCUAACUGAAUAGUACCUAUCCUGUCAAUGCAUGUCUGCUGCCUGGCGGGCUGGCUCUGGUAACCAGGCCUCUCUGUGGUUCAAUUCGCACACACAGCCGGGCUGAGCGCCGCCCCGAGGACAGGGAAUGCUGCCUUUGUUACAGCGCAGCUCUAACGGAGGGACCCAAGCUUGAGUGAUACGUAAUCGAUAAUGCACAAUUGUUUACCAGGGUAUAUCCACACGCUUGUCCGUGUAUCAACUCGAUGUUUGCCGAAAUAAACUGUUUUGGUUAUAA